CCUCCCUCUCUAGCCGACUCCCCCUCCCCCGAAUCCCUCCCCCCUCCUCCUCUCCUCUCCUCCCUCUAUCCCCUCUCCCUCCCCUCCUCCCUAGCUCUCCCUCUCAGUCCCCAGCUCAUCCCUCUCUCUCUCUCCCUCUCUCUCUCCCUCUGUCGGGCGGAGUCGCCCACCACUGCCAAUACAGUGCUGAGGGAACCUGCUCUAGGCUGUAGCUGCAGGACCCUGACCCCCUCCAUGGCUACCCUGGCCUUGGUGGGGUUUGCACUCCUCCUGGGGACUCCCCCAUGCUCAGGGGCAGCCACCCCGACCCCCUCCCUGCCGCCUCCCCCAGCCAACGACAGCGAUGCCAGCAGCAUAGGGGGCUGCCAGGGCUCCAACCGCUGCCAGCCAGGGGUCCUGCUGCCCGUUUGGGAGCCCGAUGACCCGUCGCUGGGGGACAAAGCAGCGCGGGCCGUGGUCUACUUUGUGGCCAUGGUCUACAUGUUCCUGGGUGUAUCCAUCAUUGCCGACCGCUUCAUGGCAUCCAUCGAGGUCAUCACGUCCAAGGAGAAAGAGAUCACUAUCACUAAGUCCAACGGCGAGACCAGCGUGGGCACCGUCCGCAUCUGGAAUGAGACUGUGUCCAACCUCACACUCAUGGCCCUGGGCUCCUCGGCCCCUGAGAUCCUGCUGUCUGUUAUUGAGGUCUGCGGCCACAACUUCCAGGCGGGCGAGCUGGGUCCGGGCACCAUCGUGGGCAGCGCCGCCUUCAACAUGUUCGUGGUCAUUGCCGUGUGCAUCUACGUCAUCCCGGCCGGUGAGAGCCGCAAGAUCAAGCACCUGAGAGUCUUCUUCGUCACCGCUUCUUGGAGUAUCUUCGCCUAUGUCUGGCUUUAUCUCAUCCUUGCCGUCUUCUCCCCGGGUGUGGUCCAGGUGUGGGAGGCGCUGCUGACCCUCGUCUUCUUCCCGGUGUGCGUGGUGUUCGCCUGGAUGGCUGACAAGCGGCUGCUCUUCUACAAGUACGUGUACAAGCGCUACCGCACCGACCCGCGCAGCGGCAUCAUCAUCGGCGCCGAGGGCGACCCCCCCAAGAGCAUCGAGCUGGACGGCACGUUCUUGGGCGCCGAGGCGCCGGGCGAGGUGGGCGGCCUGGGCCCGGGGCCCGCCGAGGCCCGCGAGCUGGACGCCAGCCGCCGCGAGGUCAUCCAGAUCCUCAAGGACCUCAAGCAGAAGCACCCGGACAAGGACCUGGAGCAGCUGGUGGGCAUUGCCAACUACUACGCGCUGCUGCACCAGCAGAAGAGCCGCGCCUUCUACCGCAUCCAGGCCACGCGGCUUAUGACGGGCGCGGGCAACGUGCUGCGGCGACACGCGGUGGACGCUUCGCGCAGGGCCACCUCGGCCGAGGGCCCCGGCGAGGACGAGGACGACGGCGCCAGCCGCAUCUUCUUUGAGCCCAGCCUCUACCACUGCCUGGAGAACUGUGGCUCCGUGCUGCUGUCCGUCACCUGCCAAGGCGGCGAGGGCAACAGCACCUUCUACGUGGACUACCGCACGGAGGACGGCUCCGCCAAGGCCGGCUCCGACUAUGAGUACAGCGAGGGCACGCUGGUGUUCAAGCCGGGCGAGACACUGAAGGAGCUGCGUAUCGGCAUCAUCGACGACGACAUCUUCGAGGAGGACGAGCACUUCUUCGUGCGGCUGCUGAACCUGCGCGUGGGCGACGCGCAGGGCAUGUUCGAGCCUGACGGCGGCGGGCGGCCCAAGGGGCGGCUGGUGGCGCCUCUGCUGGCCACCGUCACCAUCCUGGACGACGACCACGCGGGCAUCUUCUCCUUCCAGGACCGCCUGCUGCACGUGAGCGAGUGCAUGGGCACCGUGGACGUGCGCGUCGUGCGCAGCUCGGGCGCGCGCGGCACCGUGCGCCUCCCCUACCGCACAGUGGACGGGACGGCGCGCGGCGGCGGCGUGCACUACGAGGACGCGUGCGGCGAGCUCGAGUUCGGCGACGACGAGACCAUGAAAACUCUUCAGGUGAAGAUAGUUGAUGAUGAGGAAUAUGAGAAGAAGGAUAAUUUCUUCAUCGAGCUGGGCCAGCCGCAGUGGCUUAAGCGAGGGAUUUCAGCUCUGCUACUCAGUCAAGGGGAUGGGGACAGGAAACUGACGGCUGAGGAGGAAGAGGCUCGGAGGAUAGCAGAAAUGGGCAAGCCGGUUCUUGGGGAAAACUGUCGACUGGAGGUCAUCAUUGAGGAGUCGUAUGAUUUUAAGAACACAGUGGAUAAACUCAUCAAGAAAACGAACUUGGCUUUGGUGAUUGGGACCCAUUCGUGGAGAGAGCAGUUUUUAGAGGCAAUUACGGUGAGCGCAGGGGACGAGGAGGAGGAGGAGGACGGGUCCCGGGAGGAGCGACUGCCGUCAUGCUUUGACUACGUCAUGCACUUCCUGACGGUGUUCUGGAAGGUUCUGUUCGCCUGCGUGCCCCCUACCGAGUACUGCCACGGCUGGGCCUGCUUCGGUGUCUGCAUCCUGGUCAUCGGGCUGCUCACCGCCCUCAUUGGGGACCUCGCCUCCCACUUUGGCUGCACCGUUGGCCUCAAGGACUCUGUCAACGCUGUCGUCUUCGUGGCCCUGGGCACCUCCAUCCCCGACACGUUCGCCAGCAAGGUGGCGGCGCUGCAGGACCAGUGCGCCGACGCAUCCAUCGGCAACGUGACGGGCUCCAACGCCGUGAACGUGUUCCUGGGCCUGGGCGUGGCCUGGUCGGUGGCCGCCGUGUACUGGGCGGUGCAGGGCCGCCCCUUCGAGGUGCGCACCGGCACGCUGGCUUUCUCCGUCACGCUCUUCACCGUCUUCGCCUUCGUGGGGAUCGCCGUGCUGCUGUACCGGCGCCGGCCGCACAUCGGCGGCGAGCUGGGCGGCCCGCGCGGCCCCAAGCUCGCCACCACCGCGCUCUUCCUGGGCCUCUGGUUCCUCUACAUCCUCUUCGCCAGCCUGGAGGCUUACUGCCACAUCCGGGGCUUCUAGGGUCCUCCCCAGGGACUCGGCCUGCCCCUCGAGACCACCGCCUCCGUGCUGGACUGGCUCUCCUCUGUCCUCCAGAGAUUCGCCUCCUCUCCUGGGACUCGGCCUCCCUUCCUCCUGGGAAGCCAUCUACCCCUCUCCUCGGUCCCCACUUACAGCCUCCUCCCUUCCCCUCGGGAGCCUCCCCAGGUCCUCCUGCGAAGAACAGCCCCCUCAGUUACGUGCAUCUCCAGCCAGUCCGUCCCUGUUCGUUACUGGCUUUGUUACUGGAGCAAUUUCCACCUCGAGGCCCCUCCCCAGAGAACCCUCCCUCAUCCGCAAUCCUCUACAGAGUCUCCCAUGUGUCUCCCUAGACACCCAGCCUUGCUCCAUGCCAUAAGUCCCCCUUCCUCUAGAGGACCCCCUCACCACUUCCACGGACCUGUGCCCCAGGGCCUCAGAACUCAGCCCUGCGGGGGCGGGGGGGGGGCUUGAAGGGGGCUGAUCCAUCCCAGGAGGUCACAGAUCUCAGCCCUUUCCCCCAACCCUCAGGGAGCUCUGUGGGCCUCGGGGGAUGGGGGAGGAACAGAUGGGUAUGUGCACAGGGGGGCACACCUUCCCUGAUUUCUCCACUCAGGCCCUUGGGAGGACACUAAUUCUCAAGGCUCGGAGAAGGGAGGGGAAAGUUUGGGGUUCCAGAGCUGGAGGAGGUGCAUUGUGGACCUGUAACUUCUCACCUUCCAGCACCCUCACUUGCCUCCAGUACCUCUGAGAGCCCAGCCACGCCUUGGAGGGGGGUGGGGCUGUGUGUGUACAUAGUGUGUUUGGGGGAGGGGGGACGUGGGAGGGUGCAUGACUUGGGGAAAGGGUGACAGACUUUUCCACUGAGAGGGCAGCAGACUCCCCCAGCCGUGAGAACUGGCUUUGGGGAGGAGGCCAGGAAUCCAAGGGAGUGCAGCCAAUCUCCCCUGACUAUCUAGAAGGCUCAUUUUGCCCUCAGUGCCAGCCAAUCCGGGCAGGACCCUCGAAGAGGAGACCGAGGGUCCCAGAGGACCAAUGCUACAAGCCAGCAAAUGCUGCCACAUCUCUGCCUGCUGGGGAGCAGGGGUGGGUGGGAGGGUGGGACUGGGGCCGGGGGCCUGGGGGGGCAUUUUUAACUUUGGAGCCCACCUAUCUGUUGGUAGGCCACGUGCAUUUUCUUACUGUUGAUGUUUCCUGCCCAAAGGACACACUUGGGGUGCGAGGAGUGCUGCCCACUUCUUGGGACCCUGAGGAUGACCCCGCAACCCCCGUAGCACUCUUCCUCCCACAGGUUUUUAGCGUCCUAUCGUCCUGCUGUGCAUCAGCCCCAGCGUCCCAGACCUGUUGCCCACUUGCCUUCUCUACUCCUAGCUCAUCAGCACCGGUCGCUGUCUCUUUCCUUUGUGAUUUCUGUAAAAGUUGCCAUAAAACUUUGAAAUUCUGCCUGGAAAAACAGCCUCCCCGUGGGAAGUUGGGAUUCACGAGGGGAGGGCUAAUGAAGUCUUUGAUGGAGAUUUGGGCACCUGUGAAAUACACCAAAUAAUCUGGGUUUUUCCAUGCUCCCCUCUCCCCUCAUCUGCCAGGACACACCGGCAGGCACCAGCCACUCUGAAGAUCAGCCCAGUUCCCCUUAGCCACACCCCCACUCAUUACCCACGAGCUGCACUAGCUCCUCAUCCAUCACCCAGUAGCUUCCCUAGCCACGCCCCCAUUCCCUCAGCCACGUCAUAGGGUAUCCUGGGAACGCAGAAGAGAAGGACCUGAGUCGCCUGAGUAGGAGAGCCGGGGUUGAUGCGGGUUUCCUAAAGAAAGCAGGUAACUGUCUCAGAGGAGGGGUGUGUGUGUGUGUGUCCAGAUAAAGGGAACAGCCUAUGUAAAGGUGUGCAGCCUUGUGAGUUAAUGACUUUUUCAUAGUCUUACAAGUGGUUGAAUCCUGCAAGCAAGAAUGGAGUGUGGGCACGUGGGGAGUGGGGAGUGGGGAGUGGAUCUGGGAGGGGGUGGACAGUUUCCAGCCCAGAGAGUGAGGUCUCCCCAGGUCUUGGGGGACCAAGUUGGGGGCAAGUAGAAAGAACAGGUUUGAAGGAUAUGCUGGAUUCAGGUGAGUACACGCCGAACGUGAGAUGCCUGGGGGACAUCCAGAGGAGAUGUCAGGGUGGGGAGACAGCCAGGGGACACCCGGAGCUCAGUAGAGGAGGCUGCACUUGAGAGAGAUUUGGGAUUUGUUGGCAGUGAGGUGUCACCGAGCCGCAGGAGGGGUUGGGCUGCCCGGGGCGUGGGUAGUGUGAGAAGAAAGCAGUGCCUUGAGGAGCCCCAAUAUCUAAGGGGCACGUGGAAGGUGGGAGACCUGUCGAUGGAGAAGGAGCCAGAGAAGUGGGUGGGAAGGCAGGAGACUGGGGCACCUGAAGCCGAGAGAAGUUUCCAGAAUGAAGGUGUGGUCAACAGGACCCAAGGCCAUGGAGAGGUGGAGGAAGAUGAGAACUUAGGGGCUACCCUUGGGUUUAGGUUUUGAUGUGAGCAGUUAGGGGGAGGGUGUGGGGGCAGAAGUCAGGCUGAUAUAGAGUGAGGAGGGGGUGGAAGUUGGGGAAACUGAGUCAGAGCACGUAGACCUCGCUUUGGAGAAUCUUGAGAGAAAGGGAGGAAGCUACGGGACCUGAGAGGGCUUUUCCUGCAAGGUGGGGAGACGUGUGAAGCAGGAAGGCACUGAAUGCAAGGGGGCUGAAGCAGUUAGGGAGCACCCACGAUGCCGGCACUGUGCUGGGCUUCCCAGGGCACAGCCUUGUCCAGUCCCCUGCCAGUCCCCGGAGUACCCCCCUUCUACCAGUGAGGAAACUGAGGCUCAGAGAGGUGAAGCAACUUGCCCCGAGUCUCACAGCGAGGAAGGACAGAGAUGGAAGAGGAUGACAUCCAGGGUGCAGAACGGGACCAGGACACUUGUAUUUUACCAGACGUGAAUGGGGAAAGGUGUGAGUCUGGGGACAGGGAGAGGAGUGAGGUCUCAGCUUCCAAGAAGGGCGUCUCCAGAGCUUGGGAUGUGGACGAGACAAGGAACGGUACAAAUGCCCCUUCAUCCCACCCCAGAUGCCAUGAUCCUCACCGGGAUGCAAGGCGAUCCAAGGGGCGGCUUGGGAGUGAUUUGAAUUAUUUGUCAUGGGAUGCAGCAUAACGUAAAGAUUUACUUUCUGGGUGCUUCAGUUCCCUCAUCUGGAAAAUGGGGAUAAUAAUAAUAAUAGGAACUAAUAGUGCCUGUUUCACAGGAUUGUUGUAUUAAAUAUAUACAUAUAUAUUUUUAGAAUAACACCUGGCACAUAGAAAGAGCUUAACAGAUGGGAAUAGUUAUAUUUUCCAAGUAUUUCCCCCUUACUUACUUACACACACACUCCUGGAACAGACAGCCUCAGAAGGACAGAGAAAUGCAGAUUCCCCAUGAACUGCUUUGCCACCUGAGUCCCAGUUGCUAAGUCACCAAACCCAGGGGACAAGAAUUAGCCAAUUCCUUCCUCUCUCUCCAGACCCUGGGUUUCUUUAAUUCACUUUUCCAUUGGGUGCCCGCCCUGUGUCUGGCGCUGUGCUGGGGACACUGCAGUGACCACAAUGUCUCUGGGCCCUGUUCUCCCAAGGCUUACACAGUAGUGGCAGGACAUACGCCAAACAGGGUGCCAGAGGUGGUGAUCACAGUGGGACUGGUGAGGGCAAGAACUCUGUAGCAAGGCACAGCAGGACACUCAUGGCACCGAACUGGGUGACUUAGGCAAGUGUAAAAGGGGAUAUUAACGAGGCUGUGCAGAGUGCAGGGAAACAGACAAGGGAUGGUGGGGCACCCUGGGGCUAGCAGAGGUGGGAGGGGAGCUCUUACUCCCCCUAGCCUGCUGGGCAAUAGAAGGGGGGUGAUUUCCAGAACCGGAAGAGGGUGGGUGUAUGUAAGUCCUCGUAAGAGCUUCCUAAUCAGAUUUUUAUUAAUAGCAGUUAGAUGUGGGUUUAGAUGUGAAUAACAAGGAUCCAAAAUAAUAGUGGUUUAAAUAAGAUAAGAGUUUAUUUCUUAUGCAACAGUUCACGUCUGGCAUAGCACCCCGAUUGCAGGGGGGCAGUACAGAACCUGCUUCUACCUUGUUGUUCUGACGUAGCUAGAAUAUGACCCUCAUCUGUUUAGUCCAGGAUGGUGCACCUGCAUGUCAUCAUCCUCCAACCAGAAGGAUGGAGAGGGAAGGACGGGUCCCGGAUCCACCGUCCUCUGUAAGGCUUUGACCCAGGAGUUCCACUUAACGAUUCCUGCUACGUCUCAGUGUCCAGACCUGAAUCAUCUGGCCACACUGAGCUGCAAGAAGAGCUGGAGAAAAAGUAGUUUUAAUUCUGAGUCAUUAUGCUAAAAAUCAUAGAGAAUUUGUAAGGAAACGUGGGAAAUUGGAGGUUAUCAGGCAGUGAACAGUCUCUUCUGCAAAAAGGUUUGAGGGAACUCACAGAGCUGGUGCUCCAAAAACCAAUCAGAUUGUGGGUACUGGAUGAAACCACCACUGAAAUGGAUGCAAAGGGGCCCUAGAUCCUCUGCAUCAUCUGUUCUGGGAUCCAGGCCUGAGCCUCUAACCUUCCCCAAAUUCUGAAAUGCACAUUUCCUCUGCUUCAUCUUUCUCACAGUUUCCCAAGUUCUUAAUCGAUUUCCUCCAACUAAAUCUUCAGCUUAAAACCUCCCCCGAUUUCCUCGCUUGCCUUUCUGUGACACUCCAUGCAUCCUGUUCUGGGUAUCUGUUGCUACAAAACAACCAUCCAAAACCUAGUGGCUUAAAAUGACAAGUUAUUGUCUCUCAUGGUUAUGUGGUUGGCUCCAGUUGACUUAGGCUCUACGGGUUGACUUGGGGUCUCUCACGAUUGCAAUCAGCUGUCGGAUGAGCCUACAGUUAUCUGAAGGCAACUCACUAACUCGUGAGAUAACUCACUCACGUGGCUGACAGUUGAUGCUGGCUGUCAGCUGAAAGCUUAGCUGGGGCUGACAGGAGCCCGUGUCUUUCUUUCUUUUUUCUUUUUCUUUAGCCCCUGUCUUUCUUGACAAUUUCUGUUUCUCUCUUUCUUUGCAUCUUGUCUGUGCGCUGCUGUCUCUCCCCUGACCCGUCUCUUUCCAGAGGUCUCUGUCUCUUUUUGACCCUUCCACCUCUGUUUCUCUGCUUUGCUUCCUUGAUCUGUAUCUUCCGCCCCCCACACCUUAUCUCUCCGUUUCCAAAUGUCAGUGGCCCCUGCCCACUGCCCCUGUGUCUGUGUCUCUGUUAUCAGUUAUCUAGUUCUGAGUAACAAACCACCCUGAAACUCGGUGGGUUAAAACAAUGAUUUUAACGAUUCUCUGUGUUGAUGGUGGUGUUGGCUGACGUCAUCGUGUGGCUGCAUUCAUCCUGGGGCUUGGCUGGGGCUCAGAUGUGCAAGGUGCCCUCGUUCAUGGCUGGCAGUGGGCGCUGUCUGUGGGCUGGGCCACCUCACUUCUCCCUGGAGCCCCCCUUCCUCCCCUAGUUGUCUAGACCAACUUCUUUGCAGCAUGGUGGCUGGGUUCCAAGAGAGCCACCGUGGAAGCUGUAAGGCCACGUCGGCCAUGUUCUGUGGGUCAAAGCAAGUCACAAGAUUCAAGGGGCAGGGUAAUAGACACCACCUCUUGGUGGGUGGAGAGGGCACCCUAGAAGGAGGGGAGGAAUAGUUGGUGGCCAUUCAUGGUAGGCUGAAUAAUAGCCCCCCAAAGAUAUCCACAGCCUAAUUCCCAGAAACUGUGAAUGUGUUCCCUCAUAUGACAAAACAGGAUUUUGCAGGUGUGAUUACAUUAAUGAUCUUCAGAUGGGGAGAUGAUCCUGGAUCACAUGGGUCCUUAGAAGAGGGGGGCAAAGAGGAGAUCAUACUACACGCAGAGGAGGAGGCCAUGGGAAGACGGGGCAGAGAUUUGAGGAUGCUGGCCUUGAAGAUUGGAGCGAUGUGGCUACAAGCCAAGGAAUGCCACAGCCCCCAGAAGCCGGAAGAGGCAAGGAACUGAUUCUCCCCUAGUGCCUCUGGAGGGAUUGCAGCCCUGCGGACACCUUGAUUUUGGCCAACUGGGACUGAUUUGGGACUUUCAGCUUCCAGAACCGUGAGAGAAUAAAUUUGUGUUAAGUCA